AUGAAAAUCCACCACGUUGCUUGCUUAGAGGACAACUACGCAUACCUAAUCAUUGACGAGAGUACCAAAGAAGCUGCAGCUGUGGAUCCAGUUGAGCCUGAAAAGGUUCUUAAAGCAGCUCAAGAACAUGGCGUUGAUAUCAAGCUCGUCCUCACCACUCACCACCACUGGUACUUGGGGUUCAUAUCUUACUUGGGUAAUAAUCUGACAGGUCUAAUCUUUACAUUUACCCAAACUAAGAUGCUCAAUACAAUCUUGGCAUGUCAGAUUAUUACCCAAAAAUAA